CACGAGCGGCCGUGCCCGUGCCAGCCAGCCACCCCUUCACCGGCCAUAACCCCUAAACCCCAGCCGACGGCAACCCCGCCCGCCAUGGUCGAAACGGUCGCCUUCCCGCUCCCGCUCCGGGCGCCCGCUCCGCCGCCUCCCACCUCCAAGAUCUUCCGCCACCAGCCCCCCGUGCACUCCCCUCUCCGACUCUUCUCCCCCACCUCCCUCCUCUCCUCCUCACACCCCACCCCCACCUCCUCCUCCCGCACGCCGCGCCUCGGCCGCCCGCACAACCCUACCCGCCAGGGCGGCGGAGGCGGGCAGCCAUGGAACCUGCCGCCCUCCCUCUCCCUCCCCGCGCGGCGCGCGCUCCUCUCCCUCCUAUCCGACCCGGACUCCGCGCGCGACAUUCUCUCCGCGCUCCCAACCUCCGAGCUCGCCCCCGUGCUCAACGCCCUCGCUUCCCGCGGCCGCCCCGGCGUCGCGCUCGCUGCUCUCCACGCCGCGCGGGACCUCCACGGUGAGCACGUCCUCCAGCAUCCCCGCGUGCUCCCCGCAGCCGUCCGCGUCCUCGCGCGCGCCGGCCGCCUCGCCGACGCCUCCGCGCUCCUCGACGCCGCGCCGGAACCCGACGCCAGCGCCUACACGGCUCUCGUGUCAGCGUUCUCCCGCGCCAGCCGGUUCCGGGACGCGGUCGCCGUGUUCCGCCGUAUGGUGGCGAACGGCAUUCAGCCCGCCAUCGUCACCUACAAUGUCGUGCUCCAUGUGUACUCCAAGAUUGCCGUUCCGUGGAAGGAUGUGCUGGCACUCGUGGACUCCAUGAAGAAGGACGGGAUUCCGCUGGACAGGUAUACAUAUAACACGCUCAUUAGCUGUUGCCGGCGUGGUGCACUCUACAAGGAGGCAGGGAAGGUGUUCGACGAAAUGAGGGCUGCUGGGUUCGAACCUGACAAGGUCACAUUCAAUUCGCUGCUUGAUGUGUAUGGCAAGGCGCGGAUGCAUGAUGCGGCAAUUGGGGUGCUCAAGGAGAUGGAGCUUGGGGGCUGUCCUCCCAGUGUGGUAACCUACAACUCGCUCAUUUCGUCGUAUGUAAAGGAUGGGUUGUUGAAAGAGGCAGCAGAGCUCAAAGAGGAGAUGGAGUUUAAGGGAAUUCAGCCGGAUGUCAUUACAUACACGACACUGAUUUCUGGUCUUGACAGGGCUGGCAAGAUUGAUGCAGCAAUCGCGACAUAUGAUGAAAUGUUGAGGAAUGGAUGUAAGCCAAACUUGUGCACGUACAAUGCAUUGAUCAAGCUGCAUGGGGUGAGGGGAAAGUUCCCAGAGAUGAUGGUUGUCUUUGACGAUCUCAGGUCUGCUGGAUUUGUGCCAGAUGUUGUGACCUGGAACACACUCUUGGCGGUAUUUGGUCAAAAUGGUUUAGAUUCCGAGGUGUCUGGGGUAUUCAAGGAGAUGAAGAAAUCUGGUUAUGUUCCUGAGCGGGACACAUAUGUUUCACUCAUUAGUUCAUAUAGUCGGUGUGGCUUGUUUGACCAAUCAAUGGAGAUAUACAAGAGGAUGAUUGAAGCCGGUAUAUAUCCUGACAUAUCAACAUAUAACGCUGUUCUAUCUGCACUAGCUCGUGGUGGGCGUUGGGAGCAGGCAGAAAAGUUGUUUGCUGAGAUGGAGAAUCUGGAUUGUAGGCCAGAUGAGCUUAGUUACUCUUCACUGCUUCAUGCAUAUGCUAAUGCAAAAAAGUUGGACAAAAUGAAAGCUUUGUCAGAAGAUAUAUAUGCAGAGAAGAUAGAGUCACACCACGGGCUGGUGAAAACAUUGGUAUUGGUCAACAGCAAAGUUAAUAACUUAUCCGAAACAGAGAAGGCGUUCCUGGAACUUAGGAAGAGGCGGUGCUCUCUGGAUAUUAACGUCCUAAAUGCAAUGGUUUCCGUAUAUGGGAAAAAUAGGAUGGUUAAGAAAGUGGAGGAGAUUCUUUCACUCAUGAAGGGAAGUUCUAUCAACCUCAGCACCGCAACAUACAAUAGCUUGAUGCAUAUGUAUUCUCGAUUAGGUGAUUGUGAAAAGUGCGAAAAUAUCCUCACUGAGAUCAAGUCAAGUGGUGCACGCCCGGAUCGAUAUUCUUAUAACACAAUGAUCUAUGCAUAUGGAAGAAAAGGGCAGAUGAAAGAAGCCUCAAGAUUGUUUUCUGAGAUGAAAUCUUCAGGCCUGGUACCAGAUAUUGUAACAUACAAUAUCUUUGUUAAGAGUUAUGUGGCCAACUCAAUGUUUGAAGAGGCUAUUGAUUUAGUACGUUAUAUGGUUACUCAUGGUUGCAAGCCCAAUCAGAGAACUUACAAUUCAAUACUGCAGGAGUACUGUAGGCAUGAUAAGAUAGCAGAUGCCAAAUCAUUCCUUAGCAACCUUCCUCAGCUUCAUCCUGGAAUAUCCAAACAAGAACAGCAAAGACUGCUAGAACUGUUGGCUAGGCACACUUCAAGAGAUAGAGGUUGAAUAUCAAACCUUGUUUGUUUCUGUGAUACGGCAAGUAGAUAUAACUGUUUUCUUAGUUAUCCUUGGCAAACAUGGACUUCAUAGUGGAUAUGUACAUAUUACAUUUCUCUAAAGAAAUAUUGAGAGAAACUGGUAAGAUGCAUUUAGUUUUCUCUGCUUAA